UUGGCGGGUUUGCUGAGUUGUUAGCAGAGCUACCAAGUCUGCGUUCGCCGUGCUUCUAUUUCCGCCUAAUGUUCUCACUAUAACAUCCAGAGAUGUCGGAAACGGAUGGGAAACAUCUAUGGUGGUCACUCCUGGUGCUUGGUUUUAAUCCAGAAACCGUCAAUUCCAAGCACAUCAACAUGGGACCGGGUAUGUUCGACAAACCCAACAAAGACGCCUUUUACAUAAUUAUCCACUUCCUUUUGGGGAAACUGAACCCGACGCGCUGCCAAGAAACUUAUAGGUUUUGUUGGCCUGUUCUUAACCAGAAGAUGGACGCAGAUUUCCGAAAAGCCACUUGUACUUGGCUACGUGAAAUUCUGGAUGAAAACGUGAACGCAUCAUUGCUUCUCUCUCCUGGUGGCCCCAAAUUCACUAGUGUCAUGCUUCAGCUGGUCAGAUACACCCUGUUGGUUGAGAUGAAGACCCUUAACAAUGAUGAAGGCUGGUUCCCAGAGGUGGUGGCCAAGCCAGCGUCCUCUCCAGAACUCAGAGUGAAGCGAUUUCAACUGGUCAGGAGGCGAUUUCUGAGAGCCGCACUUCACCAAGAUGUCCUUCUGAGGGAGCACCAGAGACGAUCACAGACGUUGGCCAAGUCUGUGAGAGAGCUGCAAGCAGAGAGUCUAAAGUACAAUGAACUGCUGAAACGUUAUGAGUCCAAUCAGGAAUGUUCUGCUCCAGACGGUGUCAAACUAGUACGUUCCCUGUCAUCCACUGUUGAUGAGAUGUUGGCCAAUUCUGCAAAGGGUCAGGAAGUUUUGAAAGGUGUUCUGAAAGGGUCAGCCAACCAACAAACCCUGGAGGGACCAGCCCAUGUUCUUCAGAUUCCCCCCCGUCUCCUUGAGAAAGUUGAGCAGCUUCCACAUCAGCUGCACUCCGGGGCUCUGUAUCAGGAUGGUCAACUGAACUUGCUCGGUGCAAUGGAGUUAAUGAACCACUCACUUCAACUUUUAAAGGCAGAACGGCACAAUCUCUCCAAGUCUCCCAAACUUGAACUGAGUACUUGUAGUCUACAGAACUACAGCGAGCAGAUGACCCGCCACCUGCAGGAUCUUCGGCUCACCAGACAGAAGAUUUCCAAAGAAGAAAUUCCUGAAGUCCAGUGUAGCAUCCAUGAGUUGGAGGCUGAGUGGGACAGAAAGUGGACAGAACUGUUGAAAGAGACCCCCCUUGCCUCUUUUCUCAAUAAAGACUCAGUACCAGGUUUGCUUUCCCCAAUUAGUCAACUAUCGUUUGAGCCCUCAACUGAAACAAGUUCAGGCGCAAGUGUGUUCUCUAUGUUUGCUGCCAAACUCCUAGAGAAAUCUGAAUCCCAAGAUGGCAUGCUUAGUUCUUUACAGAUCCAGAGUUGUCGCCCUGCUGCUUUGAGUCAACAUGGUGUGACUGAACCAUCGUCACCACGAGUCAACAGUUCUCUAGACUUCAUCUUCAACACACCACCAUCUCCUCCCAUGUCUGUGACACCAAUUCAGGAGGACCCCAUGUGCCUCACUCCUGACAACAAAACAAAGACCCCCGUCCAAAAACUUGGCUCCACCAGGACCAAGAGUCAGAUUCUGGACUUGGAAUCUGACAACCUUGCAAAUCAGUUUGCAGAGGCUGUAAUGAUCAGUCCAAAGGGAGACAAAGUCCCUUAUAUGGACCUGGAAGAUAUUCUCUGCAAUCUGCGAGAUCCCUUUUCCACCAAGAAGAGACUUCUUCAUACCCCUGAGAGCUUGAUUCAAGAUGUGAAGGACUCCUGGCGGAAAGCCGUUGGAUCAUGUGAAGCUAAAAAACAGAACACUUCUGAGUUAAACGAAAGCCUUGGGGGUCGACUUCAGCCGACUUAUUCAUUAAGUUCUUCUGAGUCCCCUGACUGCUGCCCCACUGUAAACCAACAGGAAGCACUCAAGUCUUCACUCUUUUGGGAGACCACUGGUACAGACUCUCUUGACUGCAGUGCAGUCCCGUUCAGUCUUAACCUUGAAACGCUGCCUGAGAUGUCCAGCUGUGACAGUCUCCUCAGUCUCGGUGAGGAUGAUUAUCAGCUUGAUAACUCUCCACUGGCCCAGACGCCUGCACUGAACACAUCGGCUAGUCUGAUCCGCACUCCACAAACUGGAUACUUUAGGACUUCUGAAAAGUGUCUGGUAGACUCUCCAGGGCUGGACGGUGAGUGGGUAGGGGGACAUCCGUCCAUUGUGGAGCCCAGCAGCAAUGUGUUCUCUCUUGACUUGGACUCACUAGACCUGCGCCCCUCCACGCCAUCAGACAAGCAGGAGUACAGCCUUCCGACACUGAUCACCUUCUCCCCGAUUGAUGACGAGAAGAUGCACUUAUUGUCUGAUAUUUAAUAAAGAGGAUUUAAAAUGUUUUGUCUAUUGUAACAAGUCAUGCACUAACACUGUUAGGACUAAAUACAUUUUGGAAUCUGAACGUCAAGUCUUUGUCUUUUUUUUUCUGUG